AUGCAUUCGGUCCCGUUGGUCCUACUUCUGCUAGCCCUAGCAGCAUCCAGCAAUGUAUGCUUCGCAGGUAGUAAUCGAGAGCAAGCGCGCUUCUACCUGCCCGAGGCAAUGCGCUAUAAGAAGCUUAAGCCGGUCUUACAACAGCUGGAAGCUCUUGGCGUAUCGCAAUUCCAUCCCGCUGACGACAAAGCCUCAUGGGAGAAGCUGCUAACUGAUAGCGCAGAAUUUGAUCUUGUGUGGAGUACCGCUACUACACCUCCUCUUUCGCAGCUAGUGCUCCCGAAUCAGUUUCAUGCGAAGGUGAACCAUAUACCAGGAGCGGAUCAGCUCACGUCACCUGACGCACUUUAUCGGCACGUGGGAGCACAGCAGAAAAAGCAUGUCAAGUUCUUUUUUAACUUUGUGCCAGAUCACUACGAGUUGCCACGUGACCAGGCGCAGCUAGAUAAAGCGUACAUUGACGCCCGCAAGAAAUCCGAUUUUUCGCCGAAGCGCGUACGUGACCCGCUUGUAUACCGACGCUUUUUAAUAAGUGAACGUUUUGCUGACAUUGAGGAUGAAACUGCUCAUCGUGCCGAACUUUUUGUAUCUGACGAAGAUUUGAAACUAAAGCUGCAUUCAACUGCCUAUAAAGGGAGAUCGGUGGUGGUCGAUCGAUAUGUUGAGCCGCUGCUGCUGGACAACCACAAGUUUCGGGUAGGAUUUUACGUGGUGGUAACAUCUAUGGACCCUCUGCGACUCUACGUGUAUGAUCGUCCGUUAAUAAGGAUCGCUAAGGGUGAGUACCCAAGCACAUUAAAGGUCGAUACCGAUCCAUCCACCUACAACUUUGACCAAUACAUCGCUCCAUGGGACUUUCCCGAUCUAACAGCAAGUUUUCAGGAGCUUCCGUCAUCGACGCGUGAAGGCACGAACGCUUGGCAUGUAGUCAAGAAGUAUUUGCAAAGACAAGGAAUCGAUACGAAACACUUGCAAGACGAAGUAGAAGCUACGAUUGCAAAGUUGGUGCUUAGCAGUCGUGGGUAUUUUCAGAGCGAGCUGGCCAAGGUAAAGCGGUCGGCUGCACGUGAUGGAGAAAAAUACCCCCCGACAGAUUUAAGUGAUAGCUUUUUCGACUUGUGGAUGUUUGACUUCGAGUUUGAUGAUUUGGCAAAACCGUGGCUUGUUCGCGUGGUAUCGAACCCGUCAAUGGAGAGUACACAAUCUGUGCUUGCUACGGACAUGGCUGUCAAAAAGCGAAUUUUGUCCGAUUUAAUCAAUUUAGUGGGCGUAUAUCCUCAAAACCAUCAUCUGUUUGAAAAAUUUUAUCACCCGUCGGUUGAUUCUAAAUUCUGCUCAAAAAACUGUCACGACACGAAUCGCGUUUGGGAUACUACAUGCUGGUCAUGCCCUGGUUGGUUCUCACCAAGUGUUGCGAGUAAACUUUUUACUGCUUCAGCAGAGUACAACCGCCGGGGCAAUUUUAAUCUCAUUUUUCCUUCGUUGGAACAUGAUUUCUCUAAGUUUCUGGACACUGAGCUUACCGAGCAUGAUGUCGCUUUUGACCGCUACCUAAACAAUCACGGCGACUGUGUCAAUGGAUUGUGUUUGUGUGACAGCAAUUAUGAGGGUCAAACUUGCUACAUUCCAAAAGACUUUGACUCUUUGAGACCACAAAACGAAACCAAAAAUGUUACCGAUCAAGAGGCCGAGACGUGGAUGGAGAAGGUUGAAAAUAUUAUGUGGAAUCAAGCAGACGCAACAAAAGGUUCCAAGUGGUCAAUGACUGGGAUUGAAGAUGAUUCUGCAUUCGCGUAUCGAUCUGAUGGGGAAAGCCAAGAUGGCAAGGCUAAACGAUGGCAGUAG